GGCUCUGUUUGACUAUGACAGGGCGAAGGACUCGGGGCUGCCCAGCCAGGGGCUCAACUUCCACUUUGGAGACAUCCUUCAUGUGGUGAAUGCCUCCGAUGACGAGUGGUGGCAGGCACGUCAGGUGACCCAUGAAGGAGAGGUGGAAGAGGUUGGAGUCAUCCCUAGCAGGAGGAGGGUUGAAAAAAAAGAGAGAGCGCGGUUAAAGACAGUCAAAUUCAACGCCCGGUCUCAAGACAAAGUGCAGUCAUUCAAUGACAAGCGUAAAAAGAACCUAUUUUCCCGAAAGUUCCCUUUCUACAACAAGAGCAAGGAGCACAGCGAGCAGGAAACGAGCGAUGUCGACCAGCAUGUUACCUCUAACGCCAGUGAUAGUGAAAGUAGUUACCGUGGCCAGGAGGAGUACGUCCUGUCCUACGAGCCAGUCACACAGCAGGAAGUGAACUACACACGGCCUGUCAUCAUCCUGGGGCCAAUGAAAGACCGCAUCAACGAUGACCUCAUCUCAGAGUUCCCCGACAAAUUUGGGUCCUGUGUCCCACACACGACCAGACCGAAGCGGGAUUACGAAGUGGAUGCCAGAGACUACCAUUUUGUGGUGUCCAGGGAGCAGAUGGAGAAAGACAUCCAGGACCACAAGUUCAUUGAGGCGGGCCAGUACAACAACCACCUGUAUGGAACCAGCGUCCAGUCUGUACGGGAGGUCGCUGAGAAGGGGAAGCAUUGCAUCCUGGAUGUUUCAGGCAACGCCAUCAAGCGAUUGCAAUCGACCAUGCUCUACCCCAUCGCUAUUUUCAUCAAGCCCAAGUCUGUGGAGAAUAUCCUGGAGAUGAAUAAGAGGCUAACAGAGGACCAGGGGAGGAAGACAUUUGACCGAGCCAUGAAGCUGGAGCAGGAGUUCACUGAGCACUUCACUGCUAUAGUCCAGGGGGACUCUCUGGAGGAGACUUAUAACACGGUGAAGAGGAUCAUCGAGGAGCAGUCAGGACCCUUCAUCUGGGUGCCUGCCAAGGACAAGUUGUGAAGGAGGACAGAAGAGAUUACCUUUUUUUUUUUUGCCGUCCUCGUUUUCUUCUUUGAUUUUACGUCUAAUUUUAUGCCCUGAGCAUAGGACCCCCCCUUCACUUAUACCCCCCUCCCCCGCCGCCGUCCUGCUCCCCUCUGUCACACUGGCUGGUGUCGUUACAUUAGUGUCUGGGGAUCUGAUCACGCAUAGACCCACACACA